AUGUGCUCUCCAAAGAGCAACUCUUCUCAAAAUCUCACUCAAAAGGUGCUGAGUUGGAAUCCCAUUCUAACUAAGGAUGCUUGUGGUUCCGGAGGUUCCAGCUACAGGAGAACCAAGAACAUACGGGGCCUCAUCUGUAAGUGCUCCAAGAUCUCUUGCAUUGUAGGGGCGAUUUGGGUGAGAUCCAAUGUAGAUCCAACUUUUGAUUCACUAGUGGGAUCCGGGCACUCCGGAGGGACCACCAUGGCUCCUCAUAUCCAGAUUGAGAUCGAGACCCUGCAUGAGUAG